AUGCAGCAUAUUAAACAUAUGAGGACAGCUGUCCGUUUGGCUAGAUACGCUCUUGACCACGAUGAGACACCGGUAGCUUGCAUCUUUGUACAUACGCCAACUGGCCAGGUGAUGGCUUAUGGCAUGAACGAUACGAACAAGUCAUUAACUGGAGUAGCACAUGCUGAGUUCAUGGGGAUCGAUCAGAUCAAGGCGAUGUUGGGCUCCCGAGGAGUUGUUGACGUGUUCAAAGACAUUACUCUAUAUGUUACUGUAGAACCGUGUAUAAUGUGUGCAUCUGCUCUCAAGCAAUUAGACAUUGGAAAGGUGGUGUUCGGUUGUGGCAACGAGAGAUUUGGAGGCAACGGUACUGUCUUGUCAGUAAAUCAUGAUACGUGUACAUUAGUGCCCAAGAACAAUAGUGCGGCAGGGUACGAGAGUAUACCGGGGAUCUUGAGGAAAGAAGCAAUAAUGCUGCUGAGAUACUUUUAUGUAAGACAAAAUGAAAGGGCGCCAAAGCCACGGUCCAAGAGUGACAGAGUGUUGGAUAAAAACACGUUUCCGCCUAUGGAAUGGUCAAAGUAUCUUAAUGAAGAAGCAUUCAUUGAGACUUUUGGUGAUGAUUACAGGACUUGUUUUGCGAAUAAAGUUGACUUGUCCAGUAAUAGCGUCGAUUGGGAUUUGAUUGACUCCCACCAAGAUAAUAUAAUCCAAGAACUGGAAGAACAAUGCAAAAUGUUUAAGUUUAAUGUACAUAAGAAAUCUAAGGUUUGA